ACCAUUGUUCGAUUAAACUACGGCCAUUGACCAAGCGUUUGAAGCCAUGGCUCUAAAACGGAGUCGCUCUAGGUCAUUUUCUAUGUCUGCGAUGCCUGAAUAUAAUGCUGAAGUUGUAACUAAUAAACCCAAGAAUGAGAGCACCCCAUAUAUGGAGUAAGUUCAUAUGUUUAAGGAGGAUGAAAUUAAAACUCACAAAUUACCUAGCUCUUUCGGAACGGAUUUAGCACAGAUUAAUGUAGACCAAGGAAAUCGAAUGAAGAUUUUCCAUGUGUAUAAGAAGAAGCUCUGCGACAAGAUACCUCAUUUCAAUCAGCUCUUUGAGGGCAAUCAUGAUCCCUUUGUCGAAUUGCCUGAUAUUUCACCGUCCACGUUUGACGUCCUUGUCGAAUGGGUCUACACAGAUUGCUUACGGGGCAUUGAGAUAGUGAAAGCCAGUGAUUCUGACCAUAAGAGUUCCUCCAUAUCGUGGAAUCCUGUAGAGCUGUGUAUUCUUGCAGAACGAUUGCUUCUUACAGGGCUUAUGGAUCGAGUUAUGGAAGUUGUGCGGAAAUUGGACAGGUCAGAAGAUGUCUAUUAUAACCACAAGACGCUUAAGUUAAUAUAUAUGCGCACUUUCUUGGGGUCGAACAUUAGGCAGUAUGUUACACAAAACGCUGCGUAUGCAGUUCGCAACUUCGACAAGUCAUCCAGUCUCUCAACUACCCACUUAUUGUAUGUCAUGGAGGAGCACACAGAUUUCGCUCAUGAUUAUUUAGACAUAACCCGCACUGGGAACCUCGAAGAUCCGCGCGAAGGUCCUGGUUGCCAAUUCCAUGUGCAUCGGGAGCAUGAAGAAUGCCCGGUGCCGAAGUAUAUGGACGAUGGAAAGAUAACAAUUCGUGAAUAUGAAAAUGGUUUGGAAAAGACAAAGCCAUCGCCGAAAAAGCCAAGACUUCCUCCAGGCUCGCAACGAAAAAUGCAGCCCAACAAGGAAUUGAUCUUAGCUCUCGACCAGAAUUCUGAUUAUUCGACUGCAACCCGACAAUCAGGGUCCUCGAGUUGUUGAAUUCAUAGAAAUAUUCGAAUGGUUUUAACCACCGAUCCAUU